AUGCUUGAGAAGGGUAGUAGGCAGCAAUCUCAAACUAGACGUCCGAAGAGCAAUCCGGUUGUUGAUGAUGAUGGGUACACAGGGGUGCAUAGUAAAAAGAUUGCUAGGAAAACUGGUUUCCCGGUUAAUAAGCCUAAGCAAAAGUUUGAAUAUAGACCUGUUGUGUCUAAAAAGAAAGAAGAACCGGUUAAAUCCUCGCCAAAAUUUCAGUCUUCUAAUCCCUUUGAUGUCCUAAAUGAUCCAAGCGUAAAUGAGGAGGUGGAGGGGGGUAGGCCUUCAGCGGCCCAAGUUAAUUUGGAUGAUGAUGAGCUUGUUGAUGAUUUUAAUGAGGCGGAUGGUUAUGAGAUGGAUGGUUUUCUGAGGGGUUUGAACCGCCCCAUUAAACAAACGGAGGUUCGCCAUGCAAUAAAGGAUUGGAAGUUGAGUUUAUGUGCUAUUCUUGAAUCUCAUGUGGAGGUGAGUAAUCUUCCUAAAGUGUGUAAGUCUAUUUUUCGGUGGUGGCAUUGGACGUCGAAUGGGGGCCGGUGUGUUAAAGGGACACGUAUUAUUGUUGGUUGGAAUCCGUCUAUAUUUGAUGUUAUGGUGCUUUCGGAGACAGAUCAGGUUAUGCAUCUUCAACUGAUAUUUAAAAAGACGAAAAAAUUGAUUUUCUACUCGAUAAUUUAUGCAGCAAACUAUUAUAUCAGUCGGAGGGAGUUGUGGAAACAUCUUUCUAUGCAUAAGAACUUUGUUUCUAAUGAGCCGUGGGUCAUCCUAGGUGAUUUUAACUCGGCGUUGAACCUUGAAGAUAAAUCGAUGGGGUGUUCCUCGGUAUCUCUGAGCAUGAAGGAGUUUCAAGAAUGUGUUGAUGAUAUUGAAAUGGUAGAUAUAAAACGUACUGGUAUCCAUUUCACGUGGAACCAGAACCCAAAAAAAGGGAUUGGCUUGAUGAAGAAGAUAGAUAGAGUUAUGGGAAAUUCUCACUUUAUUGAUAAGUAUCCGAGCGCUGUUGCGGUGUUUCAUCCUUCUCGGUUAUCGGAUCAUUGUUCGUGUGUUGUUAAUUUCCCGGAUACUAAAAAAAGUAAGCACCGGCCUUUUAAAUUUGCAAAUUUUCUGACAUACAAACCUGGAUUUUUACCACUGGUGGAGAAGGUUUGGGGUAUGUCAAUUGAAGGUGUGUAUCAAUUUUCGGUUGUAAAAAAGCUUCGUCUCUUAAAAUCCCUGUUGCGCGGUUUACUUUACCAGCAAGGAAACUUGCACAAAAAAGUGGUAGAGUUAAGAGAUAAGCUUGAUAAAAUUCAGUGUGAUAUGGAUAAAGAUCCGAAUAGUAUUACUUUGCGGGAAGCGGAAGCCACUACUCGGAGGGAUUUUCAGGCUGUGUUAUUAGAUGAAGAGCGGUUUUUGAAGCAAAAGGCUAAAGUGGAUUGGCUUGUGACUGGGGAUAUGAAUACGGCUUAUUUCCACUCGUCGCUAAAAAAUAGAAUUCAUUAUAGCCGUAUUGAGAUCAUUCGGGAUGUUCGAGGGAAUGAAUUUUCAAAUGAUAUGGUUUCGGGAGCUUUUGUUGACCAUUACGAGCACUUCUUAGGCUGCCCGGGUAAGACGUCUCUUGCGCCAACUCCUGAUUUAUUUACUAAAAGAUUAGAGAGGGAUGUGGCUAUUCAUAUGGUUCGGCCGGUUACUUCUGAUGAGGUUAAAAAGGCGAUGUUUGUCACACCCCGACCACGUUAA